GAGAGCCGUAGAAUUGUGAUUGGAUACCAGCGCCGGAUUCACAACCUGCUUCGUGGCCUCUGACCACUGCGCGGCCAGUCGUUGGGGAGUGGCGUUACCUGAAAGUGACUCAUUCCGAGUGCAGGGUCGCGUUGUGAUGGCGCAACCAAUGAACGGUCCGUCAACUCAAACCGACUCUUAAAUUUGGACACAAGGGUUUUAUAUGAACGAUUGCUUCGCCAUGAACAGGCCAGGAUGUGAUGGCACGAAAAUGCAGCAGAUGGUGCCACUCUGUCAAGAACAAAGAAAGCAAUGCGUCAAAUUAAACCCCCUUUGUCUCAGCCGGCAUAAAAAGGUCUAACACUGUAACAUCGACCUCUUUCUCCACUUCCAUGUUACCCCAGGAAAUAUCCCGUCUCCUCCACCGCGACAUUGAAGAACCCCCAAUUCCUUGGAUUCCCUUUGUAUCCCAAUUUGAUCUGGCGCAACUUGAACUAGAGAGCGCCGAUACUUACGCCUAUCAUAUUCUCCUUUCUUCGACCGAUCCUCCUCCUGCUCCUGCAGAUGUUGAAGAUGAAGAUGGACAGAUACAGAUCCAGAUACAUUGGCUCUUCGAAGACUUAAAGCGAAUAUUCUCGCAGACGCGUCAAACAUUAACAAUCACCACUCCUGCUGAUGCCGCUGCACUCUACCAUGUACUCCAGUACUCCGAUCCCAAAAUAUCGAAGACCGUCCUAGAGUCGUACAACGUACUAGAGCUCGUCGAGCUCAAACGCGUCACCCCAUGGAACUUGGAACGUCUCGUGUUUCCCCUCCCAUUACACCCCUUCCCCACUCUCCGAAUGGUUUCAGUCUCACCCUCUCCACCCUUCAUUGGCCCUGACUGCACCCCUACUCCUGCGACCCGCUCCGAGUCAUGGGAGAACGUCUAUCCUGUCGACCCGCGCAUACUCCAAAUCGACUCGGUCAAACGCAUGAACCUGGACUUGUGGCGGCACGUCCUCGGUCGGUUCUCUGACGUCGAAAUCACACGGAGCAAGAUCGUACACAAGGUGUUGGCUGCAGAUCAUUUUUACUGGGUGCAUAACUUCACUGUACUUCGCCUAGCGAAUUGUUUGAUCGAGCAAGAGGUGCUGCUAGGGAUCAUUGACAAUGCAUUGGUGCUGGAGGAGUUGCGACUGUCAAAUUUACAGGUGGAGAAUUCAUAUAACCAGGACUCGGCUAUGCGCCGUAGAGAGGAUCUAGAUGAUCCAGCCUUGAAGACGAAGCUGAGGGUCUUGGAACUGGUGGGAAUGGAUAGCCAUUAUGGCAUAAGUCCCAUUUUGAGGUAUCUCAAUAGGAGGGAAUCGAUAAUUUCGCCAUUCGAAUUGGACGUGAUGACUAUCCGAAGCGAUUCGGAGUACGGUGCGCUCGACUCGGCUCUCUCCGUGGAAAUUAUCCGUAAAAAUAAUGGUGCGAAAGAGAUAACGUUUGGGGAGAAAGAAAUUCAAAUGAUCCUAGACAUCAAGGACCUGAUGCCACCUCCCAAACCUCUCGCUGCACAGUACCUUACGUUCGAAGUCAGCGCCCUCGAUGACGUGGAAGCGUUUUUGCAACCAGAAGGAUGGUUACGUUUCCUACCUCAUCUCACUACUCUGAAGAUUGUCCCUCGCGGCCGCGACACGUAUGUUCCUGAUUCGAUGCUGGAUUCUAUUUCGGAGAUUCUGAGUGAACGGAAAGUUCCGGUACGAUUGGAGGUGGUAGUUGAGGAUAAUAUCCAGGGAGGUUACGCGGAUGCCACGACUUCAUAGUAGGAAUACUGGAUGAACGUCAAAUAUUCUUUUCUCUCACAUAACCACAUGAUAAUUCAUACCGUAUAUCAUAUUAUCUAUAUCACAAUACUUUAGCUUUGCUUGAGGCUAGUAUCUAGCAGAUAUUGGAUACUAUAUUAGAAGAACAAGAUUUCAGGCCUCAGUACAUGUCAGCUAAACAUAGGUAUCACGCGUAAGGUGGUA